GAAAUUCAAGUCAUUGGUUUCGAUUGCAUACGGAAACAGACACAAAUUUAUGUUAAGAAAAAAAUUUCUAUGUGAUUUUUUUUUUUAUUUUCCAUGAUAUUUCCAUUUUUUUCAUUAAAAAUCAACGAUUGGUUCAUUGAAUCAACGAGAACUACAUUUCAUUUUAUCGAUUUAACAAGUGGAAAAAAGUGGCUGCGUACAUGUCAAACGAAACGAAUUUCGCAAUACGUAUCCAUUGAACUGAAACGCAAAGCAUUCCGUCGCACUUAGACACAUGCACGUUGUUUCAUCGUUGCUCCGUACCUCAACACGAAAAUUAUGCCGCCAUAGCUAUUUCAACAAAGCUGUGUGAUAGAUGUUUGUAAGUCACUUGAAUUCGGUUUUGAUUUGAGAAAAAAGAAAAGAAAAGAAAAGAAUUUAACCAAUUGCUUCGAAAAAUAGCAAAUAAUCAAACGGAAACAGUUUACUUAGAUUGAUAAUUUGUCGUGUGAACAGUGCAAACCCGACGACGAUUUAAAUAUUAAGUGUAGAAUUCUCAUAAUAAAAAAAAACGCGAUAGAGAGAAGCGACACUAGAAGAAAAUCCAAAAACGAAAAAAGAUGUUACGAACAAAGAAGGACGUCGACAAACAUGUGCGUACAACGCUAUCGAAAUUACGCGAGGACGAAAAAAAUCUUCGCGGCUAUCGAAUUGCUGGUCUGUAUUACAACAUUGGCGAAUAUAAUUCUGCAUUGGAAUACAUUCAGCGGUACAUACAAGCCAACGAUAAAAAUGCAGCGGCAUACAAAGUUCUAGGUCAGUGUUAUGAAAAGUUAAAGCGGCCGGACAAGCAGCUACUCGCCUAUCAGCGCUCAUUGGAAUUGGACAAAAAGCAAACGGAUCUAUUGGUCGAAGUAUGUAAGUUAUUGCAAAACAAUGAAUUGUCAGAUGUCACACCGGCCAAAGCACGAUACUGGUACGAAUUGGCUGAAUCGCGUAACAUUCAUGAUUCGGCCGUGUUGAAUUUAAAACUGAAAUUCAUGAAUGGCGGUGACCAGUCUGGCGUUCAAGACAUCAUUCUCAAGGAAAUCGUUCGACGGCCGCUCGACAUUGGACUGCGUAUUCGAUUGGUGUACCACUUUUUGGAUCAGAAUCGAGUGGAAGAUGCCUUCAAAUACGUGUCCGACAUUGAAAUGAAACCGAACAGUAAGUUCCGAAACUCAAAUGAUUGGUAUUCAACGCUGUCACUCGUGCUCGACAAGUACAAAGAGAAAAACUCAGCCACGAUCAACAAAAAUUGGCCAUACUGGUUGCUAUUGAUAGCGACGAUCGAGCGUCAAUUGUUCCUCAAAUUGGUCCGUUCACCGAAAGACGCCAACGCCAUCGACCAUAAUUUACUUGAGGCAACCAAUUUGCUCUUUGAACUCGACCAAAAUCUGAAUAAAGUGGCCACUGUGUGCUCGUUCCCCGACUCCGAACGCGAUUUGGCUUCCGAGUUUUUGUCGCAUUUCCGUGGCCAACUUAGCUUGCACGCCGCCUCACUGUUGUUCAAACGCGAAGCUGAACAAUUGCAACGAGGAAAUUGGCACGAAACAACCAAAAGCACAUUGCCACUGCUCUUGUUGGCCGUCAACUUCGGUUCAAUUGAUGGCAAUCAAUUAUGGUUGAGAAACGCAUCUGAAGCAACAAAACAAUUAGUGGAUUUGUGGCAAGCUCAGAGUAGUUUCCGCGUUUCACAAGCAGCACGCACACUUCAAUCGUGCAUUUCGACCGGUUCGCACAGUGACAAUGCGGUUUUGGCCAAUCUGCGAAAGAUUUGCACCGACAAAUACAGCGUUUGGUCGAAUCAAGACGAUGUACUGAACGAAAUUCGAUCAACGGUUGCCGAUUCAGAUUGGCGCAAGAAAUUGUAUCGCAACCUUUUCUUCAGCAAGGAACAACAGAGUGCGAUAUCGGGAUCGUAUCUCAUCAAAAGUCGUGCAUUCGAAGUACCCGUUUUCGAAUGGCCGGACGUCAACAAUUUGACUGCCAUCGAAGUCAAAUCACAGGAGGCCGAUCCAUCGAAUUUGGCACAUUUGGUUUAUCUCGCGCUCGGAAAUGACCUGCGAAACAGUUCGAAACAAUCACAAAUCACCAUCGAUCCAGAAUUCAAAUGUGGUCUAUUCCAAAAUUUGAAUUUCUCAACCGCCAAUUUGAUGAAUUGCAACGCGGAAACACUCAGUCAACUCGAUAUCGACACAUUUUUGUACGCCAGCACCCUGCAAACCAAACGAAACAUCAGCAUGGACAACACAAUGCUUCCGAACAGCACACCGGUUCCGGAAUCAAACAAGCCCAAAAUAUUGCCGUAUGCCAACAUGGCCAGCAUCUUGACUACCGAUGAACAAAGCGAAUGGUGGACGGCUGCGUAUAAGAUCUAUCAAAACAUCGCCGGCGACGAAUUGGCCGAAUCGCGUGCAACCUUGCAGUAUGGAAUCGAAGCAGUUCGUGGUGUUGGUACGCCAAAAAUGGACCUGAUCAUUCUGCUGAAAUUGGGUCAGAUUUUCAGUAAAAAGGCACAAAAAACAUCGAAAACGGUCGAGCGUGGAUUUUUGGAAGAUCGAAGUGAAGCCUUGUUCAAGUUUUCGUUGUACAUGCUUCGCAUGCAAACCAGCUCUCGAUCCUCAUCCGAGCCAUUCCGUCGUCUGUUCAAAUAUGCGGCGGGAAAUAACUUCUUCGAAAUUGAGCACGAAGUGAAUGCUUUGGCCGAGGAGGCGAUCACAUUUUUGGCCAGUCGUUACUUCAACAAAAACGCAUUCGAAGAGUGCAUUGAAGAUUUUGCGGGAAUAAAAUUGCCGUUCGCUACAUAUUUCCAGGCAGAAUCAUACCGAAAACUGACUGAAAUAUCCGACACACCAAAGAAGAAUAAGCGUGCGUUCUUGGAUAAAGCGAGAGAUUAUCUGAAGCAAACACUCGAUUUGCUGGAUGGGCCAAAUGUCGACAAAAAUCAUCCGUUAAAAUCAAUCGUCGAUGAAGACAUCAAGCGAUUGCACAACGAAACCCGUAAACUCGAAACCAAUCAGAGCAUGAGCGAUAGUUUUGUGAGUGCAAAUGGACGUAGUGACUUGGAGGAAUCGGUGGCCCAUCUCAGAUAUGAUCGCGAAGCGGAAACAGCAACACCGGUGCCACAAAGUGGCUAUGACAACAUCGAACGAAUGAUCCGUCAAAUGAUGGAAUCGUUGAACAUUUUGAAAGAGGAUGUAGCCGAAGUACGGAACCGAGUGCAAAACAUCGAAGAGCAACUCAACAAAGAAGAUGGCGACGAUAUUGAUUUGGACGACUACUACUUGGAUGAGGAGCUACACAAUCAAAAUCAUAACCUAAACAACACAUCGAUGCUGGCGAAUGUAAGUAGAAAUCAAACGUUCAAUCAACAAACACCGAAAUCAUCACAGGUCCCGAAGAGUAAUCUUCAGUUGAACGCAAGAAGCACACCAACGUCGGCGGCAUUCUCGCAUCAAAACCACCAAAUAGGUUUGAACAAUUCGUUCAACAUGAAUCCACUGAUGAACAACAUGUACGGUCAAAUGCAGGGCAUGAAUCCAUACCAUGCGGCUCUUGCAAAUGCGGCCAAUCAGAACUACAACCAAUUGCCGCAGCUCGGAGCCAAUUACCAACAGGCACCAAUUAUACCGUAUGGAAAUGAUGUGUACAAUUUGCAGCAACAAAUGUUGGCACAGCUGGCCAAUGAUGCGCGCAAUCCGAAUCUAAUGAGUUUGUUGCAACAACAGCAACACACUCAAACGCCACCAUCACAACCACAGUUGGUUCAACCAUCGUAUGCCAUUACAAAUCCAUUGGCGUCGGGCAUGUCAUCAGUUGUGCAACCAGCAGUUCAACCAAGCCCAUUGAACACACAACCAUCGUUCGAUCAAAGUGCGGCAUCCAUAACGCAAACACCGCCACAGAGACAAUGGAAUACGUCAUUCAAGAAUACACCCGUCGAAAAGGCUCCACCGGUUAAUGUGGUGAUCACAAGCUCAGAUCCAGUGCCACAGAACAUCUCAUCGAUCACAACACAGGCGACGCCGAAUUUCAGUGUGACAAUUCCACCGCAACACAUCAAAAAUAAUACGGCCGUGCCAGCAUUUGGUGCAGCAUUUGCAAACCCAACCAUCACGGCAGCUUUGCAAGACAAAAAGAUUACCCAAUCACCUACGAAUAUCAACGCGAAGACGAUUACAUCAACAGCCACAGUGCCAACGAGUCAAGAACAGAAAUCAAUCUUUGGAAAUCUCUCGAAACCAGCCUCAUCCACGCCAUUCUCGUCACCCGGUACAACGCUAACGCCAGAUACAAAGAAAACCGAAACACCAAAAUCAGACGCAACCAAACCAAGCCCAUUCGCAUCAUUUUCAUUCGGUGUGCAAUCAACAGUUGCAUCCUCAACUGGAAAUCAAACGAAACCGUUGUUUUCGUUCAGCAACAUCGGCCAGUCAUUGAACAAAUCGGAAACAUCAUCAUUGGCCAAUGCUGCAACGCCAGAGACUCCACAAAAUCAAAUCGACGCAAACACCUCAUCACAUUCGGCAAAGGAUGAAGAGGCAGACAACUAUGAGCCAACCGCACACUUCGAUCCAGUUAUACCGUUGCCCGAUUUGAUUGAAGUGAAAACCGGCGAAGAAAAUGAAAUCACAUUGUUUGAACAUCGCGCCAAAUUGCUUCGUUACGUGAAAGAAACGAAAGAGUGGAAAGAACGCGGAAUCGGCAAGAUGAAGGUGAUGGUCAACAAAGAGGAUCCGAACAAAGUGCGUUUGUUGAUGCGCCGUGAACAAGUAUUGAAAAUUUGCUGCAAUCAACUCUUAGCGAAAGAUACAAAGUUCAAUAAGAUGCCAAACGCUGAAACGGCAUUGACAUGGUUCGGACAGGAUUAUUCGGAGAAUGAGUUGCAAGUGGAAAUGUUGGCAAUUCGAUUCAAAACGGCUGAACUCUGCAAACAAUUCCACGAUGCAAUUCUAUCGGCGCAGAGCCACAUGACCGAUGAAAAAUCACAGUCAGCUAAAUUGACAUCGUCCAAAGAUGACAAACCAUCGAAUAAACCAGCUGAAACCAAAGGAUUUGGCGAUCAAUUCAAGCCGAAAGCUGGUUCAUGGUCGUGUGAAAUGUGCUAUGUCAAUAACAAGGCCACUGACACAAAGUGUCUAUCGUGUGGUUCACCCAAAGACAAGAAUGCACCACAGGACGAUGCAAAAGCAGAGGCGCCGAAAUCCACAUUCAGCUUUGGCAAUUUAUCGGCCGCUGUGAAGAGUACACCACAAGACAGCGCAAAAACCGAACCACCCAAGUCAACAUUCGCUUUUGGAAAUCUUACUACAAAACCAGCGACGGCGGCUCCAGCACAAAAUACAAACACCAAAACAGAUGCAUCGAAACCAACAGGAAAAGGAUUCGGCGACCAAUUCAAACCGAAGCCAGGCUCAUGGUCGUGCAAAGCAUGCUACACAUCAAACACAGGCGAUGCCAUCUACUGUGCAUGCUGUGAAGAACCAAAAGAUGACACCGUUCCAAAGAAAGAGAAGCCAAACAUUUUCGGUUCAUCAAACGCCGGUGCAACAAAGUUCAGUUUUGGCAAUUUGGCUGCUGCUCAGAACACACCUGCUGCAACACCUGCGUCAACAGCAGCUUCAACGGUUGCCCCAAGCACCGCCACCAAUACAUUCGGUUCGUCAUCGUUUAGUUUCUCAUUUGGAUCGCAGAACGCACCAGCUGCAUGUGCUUCUGUUGUUCCAGCAUUCAAGCCAGCCGAAGCAAGCGUUCCAAAAUUGGAUUCCAAGGAAUUCAAUUUUGUGUUCAAGGGCAAGAGCCCGGGAAAGCAACAGCCCGUUGAGCACAACGAUGGCGUUGAAGACGUGUCCGAUGAUGAAAAUGUUGAAGAAGAGGAAAGCACCGCUUACUUUGCACCAGUCAUCCCAUUGCCUGACAAAAUUGAAGUUAAAACCGGCGAAGAGGACGAAAACGUGCUCUACUCACAUCGCGCCAAAUUGUACCGUUUCCGUAGCUCAGAAUGGCGUGAACGUGGUCUUGGCUAUGUGAAAAUUUUGCAACACGAACAGACUGGCCAAUUGCGUGUUGUGAUGCGACGCGAGCAAAUUCACAAGAUCUGCUUAAAUCACAAACUUACACCCGAUAUCGAAUACAAGCCCAAAGAUUCAAAAUCAUGGCAAUUCAUUGCCAAUGAUUUCAGCGAGGGAACAUAUGAAUUGGACAAUUUCUGCUUGCGUUUCAAAACGGAAGAGAUAGCCCAAGAAUUCAGAAAUGCAAUUGAUGAUGCGUUAGCUGGAAUUGCGGCAAAUGUUGUGAAUGACAACGCCAACGACCAGGCAGACGCUGCGUCGAAUGUAACGGCUGAGGAGAGUAAAAUAACCACCGAUCUCAAAUUACCGACCAAUUUCUUUGAGUACAAGUCAAAGACAGACUGCACUGGUUGCCGCGGCUGUUCUUCAGACGAUUUCGUGUUCUCUGAAGUGAAAGACACGAAUUUCGGUCAAGUCGAUGACAAUCCGUUACCAUUGGAUCCACCACCGAAAGUGGACACCACACACAACGAUUUGUCGAAGGACAGCAAGAACACAUUCUCAUUCGCAUCAUUCGGAAAUGAAAGCAAAGGAAAUGGCUUCGGUUUUGCACCAACAUCAACCGCAAAUACUACACAACCAACGGGCAUGUUCUUUGGCAGCAACAGCUUCAAGUCGCCAUUCACAACGAACACUGAGAAGAAAGAUGCAACAAGUACACCGCCAACCGCUUUUGGACAGUCGAAUUUGUUCGGCGGAAACCUAACAAAAACUCCAUCAGCCGAAACAGUCAAAUCAUCACCAUCAUUCUCGUUCAAUAGUUCGGCCGUUUUUGGAGGAAACACUGAGGAAAAGUCACCAUUCUCAUUCGCUACGGCAACCAGCAAACCUCAAGAAAAACCAGCUGAAUCGAAACCAUUAUUCGGAACUGCAGCCACAUUCGGUGCGACUAAUGUCACGAAAACCCCAUCGACAAACAUAUUUGGAGGAAAUACGAAUGGAAACAGUGAUAACAAGGCAAAAGAAACACCCACCACUGGAUUCUCAUUCAAAUUGCCAUCGUCAACGACCCUAACACCGGUCACAGGAAUUGAUUCGUCGGCCAGUACACAACCACCGCCAAAUUCAACAUCGACCCCAGUCAGCGAAUUGCCCAAAUCCGUCGAACAAAAAUCGGCCGGAACGAUGUUCAGUAGCGCCGGUGGCCUCAGUUUUGCCGAUCUUGCCAAGAAAACCGAUACAAGCGAACCGUUUGCAACAGCAAACACUGUCAGCUUCUCAGAUCUGGCACAAAACUCAGCCAAUGGUUCACCGGCCUUCAGCAAAGCACCAUCAACGACUGGUGGAUUCUUUGGUUUAUCACACAAAGAUACGUUCAGCAAUUUGAUGUCACCGCAGAAUGGCAGUGGCAAUCAAACAGCAGCAUCCAACGAUGAUGACGGUGAACAUCACGCCGAAGAUGCCAACUACGAUCCACAUUAUGAACCAAUCAUUGCAUUGCCCGAUGAAAUUCAAGUCAGCACCGGCGAAGAAAAUGAAGAAAAACUGUUUGGCGAACGAGCCAAACUCUACCGGUUCGAUUCAGACAACAGAGAGUGGAAAGAACGAGGUGUCGGUGAAUUCAAAGUGUUGCAUCAUCCAGGCAACGGUAGAUAUCGUUUGCUGUUGCGCCGUGAACAAAUUCACAAGCUGGUUUUGAAUAUGGCAUUGACUGCUGAUCUACAAAUCAAUCCGAUGAGACAGAACGAUAAGGCAUUCAUUUGGGUGGGCCAAAACUUUGCCGAGGAACAGGAAAACGGUGAACUCGAAAGUCUCUCAGUUCGAUUCAAAAAUGCUGAUUUGGCGAAGAAAUUCAUCGAUACCGUACAAAGCUGUGUGGACAAACUGAAUGGUCGUAAUUGAAAGCACAUAAGGCCAACCAAAACAAUCGCUUUCGUUUAAAUUUCAAUCUUAAUUUUUUUUUACUCUUUUCAACCAUACACAAAACAAAAUCUGUGAGAAGCGCUUGUUGAAUUUUGAUAACCAAUAAUGACGCUAAAAAAACCUGUUUACAUUUGCAAAAUCGGAACGAAAUAAAAAAUAAAUUUUAUUUGUAAUUAAGAAAUAGUUCAAUAGGAUUAGAUAGCGUAAGAGUUCCUUUCAAAACGAUUACCAUUUAAGAAGAAGUAAAAAGAAGAAGAAGAAGAAAAAAACCGAAAACAAUGGAAAAUAAAAGAAACCUGAUGGCUUAGAUUUUCUGGCAUAAAAAGAAAUAAAAUUCACGAUAAUUCAUCAAAAUGUUACAAAUUUCUAAAAAUAAA